AUGGAGGGCCUGAAUACUGCCCGGCUUUCAUCAAACCGCAGCCCGUUUUUGGGGCCAGUUUCACCCGGGGAAAAUGCUCCUGCUGGGAAAGCUCCAUCCCAGGUGACGGUGAAGAGACAAGCCGUGAAGAGACACCACCACAAACACAACCUGAAGCACAGGUACGAGUUCCUGGAGACCCUCGGCAAAGGGACAUAUGGCAAAGUGAAGAAAGCCAAGGAGAGAUCCGGCAGACUGGUUGCCAUUAAGUCGAUCAGAAAGGAGAAGAUCAAAGAUGAGCAAGACCUGGUUCAUAUUCGCAGAGAAAUUGAGAUCAUGUCCUCACUCUGCCACCCGCACAUCAUCACCAUAUAUGAAGUAUUUGAGAACAAGGACAAAAUUGUGAUUGUGAUGGAGUAUGCCAGCCGAGGGGACCUGUACGACUACAUCUGUGACAAGAGGAACAUCUCUGAACGGGAGACCAGACACUUCUUCAGACAGAUUGUAUCAGCUGUGCACUACUGCCAUCAGAAUGGAAUAGUACACCGGGACCUGAAACUGGAGAAUAUUUUACUAGAUGACAACGGCAAUGUGAAGAUUGCAGACUUUGGCUUGUCGAACCUCUACCAUGGUGACGAGUAUCUUCAAACCUUUUGUGGUAGCCCUCUGUAUGCCUCCCCAGAGAUUGUCAACGGUCGGCCAUACCGUGGGCCAGAGGUGGACACCUGGUCCCUUGGUGUGCUGUUGUACACCAUGGUUCAUGGCACCAUGCCGUUUGAUGGAAACAACCACAAGGCGUUGGUUCAACAAAUAAGCACUGGAAACUAUCGGAAACCCAGCAACCCCUCUGAUGCAUGUGGGCUAAUCCGCUGGAUGCUGAUGGUGAAUCCUGAGCGCAGAGCCACAAUAGAGGAGAUAGCAGGACACUGGUGGCUCAACUGGGGAUACCAGCAGUCAUUACUGACUGAGACAAAGAGCAGUCCUGUGGAGCAGACCACCUCACCAACCUCUCCAUUAGCAUCACACCCUGCUGGGCUGGCUAGUGUUGCUAGUUGGCUGCGCCGUACAUCCAGGCCUUUACUAGAGAAUGGCUCCAAGAUGCGCUGCCUGCUCCGCUCACAGGGCGCCGGAGGAGAUGUGGUCCGGCAGCGCUCUCUGCGAAGGUCGCGGAAGGAAAACAAUGUCACCCAGACCAUUCAUGAAGUUAGCACAGACAGUCGGCCCUCUAAGGGUAUUUUAAAGAGACGCAACAGUGUGAAGCAGAAGGCAAUCAGUGAAACCCCCACUGUAGGUUCAGUAGAUCCACAGAAAAUUAUGUCUACACCAGAUAAUGCUCCUUCAGCUGCACUGCUGCCUCGCAAAGGUAUCCUGAAGAAGCCCACAGAGCAGGAGUCAGGGUACUACUCCUCGUCUCCUGAAAACAGUGACUCUGGCUGGCCACCACAAACUAAAGAGUGCCCCUCAGCACCAACCCAUAGGAAAGGCAUCUUGAAGCGCAAUGGGAAGUUCUCCUCUGGUGGGCUGCAGGAGUUCGGCUCCCUCGACCAGCUGGCAGCUUCCUUACCCCGUAGCGGCACCAGGUCAAGGCCGAGUGGGGCGAUCAGCGAGGACAGCAUUCUGUCUUCUGAGUCCUUUGAUCAGCUGGAUCUGCCGGACCAUGUAGGACCUCCAGCACAAAUGGACAAACCAGCCAAGGCAAGCAUGAGAGGGUGUGUGUCUGCUGACAACCUGCUGGACAUCAACGAAGACGGGAUCCUUGGGGACGGGCCGCUGAGGCCCUGGAACUGCUACAAGUCUGGAGUGGCUGACAGUGCCUUUUCCAUCACAGACUGUGAUAACGUAACAGAGGCUUACAAACAGGCCAUGGUUUUACGGGGCGCUGCAGCAAGCUGAAGACCAGUAGUUGGUGAAGGACCCUCAUUUAAAGACCUGUGUUCAUUCAGGAUUUUUAAAUGACUGUAAACUAAUAAGGACUUGAUAGCCAAAGUGCAUUAAGUGAAAUUACCAGCACACUGUAGUCAUUAUCAUUUUGGCUAAUUUCAGGAAUUAUCCAGUACCAAAAAGGCAGGAGGCUUCUUGUUUAACACAGAUUGUAUUCAAGAUAGUGAUUGAUAAAGCUUGAGAUUUGAAUUUGUGUAAAACAGGCUGUAAAAUAACCACAUGGCUCAGUAUUUUAUAAAAAACUUUCCUGUAGUUGAAGAUGUCCAUUUCAAAGAUUCUCAGGAGAAGAGAGCUGCUGUUGGUCGGUCAGGAGCUCUACUUUUCAACACGAGAGCUCGCUAUCAAAAGUGUAGUUGCAAAAAGUCAACCUGAAACCAAAACACUGGUCUUCAAUGUUUGCUCAGCAGUUAACUCUGUGAUAGUAAACUCAGAAACUGACACUUUAUGGUCACAAUAGGACUGUUGUUUAAACAUUGCAUAAGCCACAAAGUCAGUGUCUUUCAUUGUCAACAGGACUGUUUGAGAAAGUGUUUAUGACUUAACAGCUCCUGUGAAUUCUACCUGUGUGACCUUAUGUUUAUCUAAUAGCAGCACAGGUUCAACGUUAGGAUGGAUAUACCACAGCUUUUACUGUGCUUUACGGCGUGGGGAAAUGACAUUUCAUGGAUACCAAAGAGCAAAAUUUCCUAAUGUCAACAGACUUUCUUUGUUUGUCUUUAUUUAAAGCACCAGCAAAAAGUGCCAAGAGGACAUUUGUGUGUAACAGGGACUUCAGCUUUCAAGUUUCUUUUUUUAAUUGUUGUUUUUUUCCUCUCGAAAUGACUCGAUCUAAGUUUGGAUAAUGACUUGAAUAAUAAUCACGACACAUAUGAGUCACAUCGAGCAAAACCAGAAGAACCUGCUUUUGCUCCCAAGCCUGGGCCGAUAGAAGUGCACAGGUGGCCAUUCACCCAGUGUGCACGUGGCAGUUUCACAGUAAAGGUGGGGCUCAUUAAGUCACCUCAGAGUUUGUUUUUUUGAGUGUCACAACUGGAAAUUUGGAAAACAGUGACUUGUGUCUGAAAGUGAACCAUGAGCCCCUGCUCACUACUGUAUGCUGUGUAUAAUGUGUAACCUUUCAGCUGAAUUUUUAAGAUCAGUCAUGGAGCUCAGGUGUGUUGAACUUUAUGUUUUAAUUUAAAAUAUCCAGACACCUGGGGUGGUUGAGUAUUUCACAAAGCCGGAUUAGACGUUGAGCCAUUUAACUGUUAAAGACGUACAUGACUUAAAAAGUAAAAUCAUGUAUGUUGAUGAUGAUCAUUAAUUACGUUAUCUGGUUCCUACUCCUGCUUUAUGAAAUGCCUCCUGGUAGUCAGAGAAAUGAAAUGAGUAUGUUUGUUUCUCUAUGAGAUGUCAUGCUGCACACUGGAGUGACUUCAUUGGAUUGGCAUGCUGGCAUUGAAUUAGAACAUGCAGCCAGCACCUGAAGCAGCACUUUAUCGGACAGUCGAAACUUGAUAACCAUAUAAUUUAUCAGCUGUUCAUGAAGUAUUGAGUUAUAGUAAUAAAAGUUGCAUAAGAUAAAACACAGAGGCUGCACAACCAUGCUGUAACUGGAAUGUAAAAACUGUAUUUCAAUUAUUUAUGGUUAUUUUUUUGGGCACACUGUGAGGCUCGUCUGGAAUUUAAAGCCUAUAAAGAAGUAAGGUGGAAGUGCCUAAUUUCAGCUGGAAGUUUUUGUCAUUUCUAAUCUGUCAGUGUGACAGAUGAUGACAGGUCUGAAAUGUUAUAUUUCAUUUUUUUUGUACGCUAACAAGUGCAUUUAGGCAUUUCAUCACUGUUUUUUUGCCCUUCGUGUCCCAGAGGUUGCACAUAUGCAGGCUCUGUUAUUGUACUUUUCUUUAACAGCAACAAAAAUGUUUGCCAAAGUUACUGGGCUUAUCAUUUAUAUGACUGUGUGAUCUGCCAUGCUGUUAUGACCAGGAUGAGGAAAUCAAUAAAAAACAGAGAACUCAA